UUUAAUUUGUUUAUCAACCUACGAUUGUUAAAGUGACUUGACGUUACUGAAUUUUUUUGGAUACUUACUAUUGUUUCAAAAUUUAAACUAAAAUUAUUUUAUUUAAGUUUAAGUUAAAUUUUUAUUAUUAUUAACAUGAUCGGUGAAUCUAGAUCGGAAUUCAGAUUAAAAAACCCCCCUGAAGAUGGAAUAUCGUCAGUAAAAUUUGGUCCUAGUUCAUCACAAUUUUUGUUAGUUUCUUCUUGGGAUUGUUCUGUUAGACUAUAUGAUGUUCAAGCUAAUAGCAUGCGUACAAAAUAUACUCAUGACCGACCUGUACUAGAUGUCAGUUUCCAGGAUGCUGUUCAUUCGUUUAGUGGUGGUCUGGACAAUAAAUUAAAAAUGUAUGAUUUGAAUAGUAAUUCUGAAAGUGUUUUAGGAUCACAUGACAAUGCAGUUCGUUGUGUUGAAUAUUGUAAUGAGGUGAGUGUUGUGUUAUCUGGUGGAUGGGAUGGAAAUGUUAAAAUGUGGGAUACAAGAGCAUCACAAUGUGUUGGAACUUUACCACAACCUGAUAAAGUGUUUACUAUGAGUAAUGUAGGAGAAAAACUUGUUGUUGGCACUGCAGGACGUAAAGUUUUUGUUUGGGACUUAAGAAAUACAGCUUAUAUAAUGCAGAGACGAGAAUCUAAUUUAAAAUUCCAAACAAGGUGUAUAAGAUGUUCUCCUAAUAAGCAAGGUUAUGUAUUAAGUAGUAUUGAAGGACGAGUGGCUGUUGAAUACUUUGAUACAGCGCCAGAAGUUCAAAAGAAAAAAUAUGCUUUUAAGUGUCAUAGAAUUAAAGAUAAUGAUAUAGAAUGUAUCUAUCCUGUAAAUGCAAUUAGUUUCCAUCAAGGAUUCAAUACAUUUGCAACUGGAGGAUCUGAUGGCUAUGUAAACAUAUGGGAUGGAUUCAAUAAAAAACGUUUGUGUCAAUUUCAUCGAUACAACACUGGAAUUACCUCAUUGUGUUUUAGUCAUGAUGGGACAUCUUUAGCCAUUGGAAGUUCUUACAUGUAUGAACAAGAUGUGCAUCCAGAUCCAAUUCCAGAAAACAAUGUUUAUAUAAGAUAUGUUACAGAUCAAGAAACUAAACCAAAAUGAUUGUGACUAAAUACUAAAUGGCUAACUUUAGUAUAAUUGUCAUGUAAAUCUUAACAAAAAAUUUUUUAGUAAGUAUGUAGCCAAUUUUGAUGAAUGUCCGAUUCCUUUAAAUAUAAAAAAUAUUAAAGAAUCAUUAUUUCUUCAUUUUUUUAAUUUUUAUAACUUAGUUUUUACAAUAAAAAAUUUUCAUUAAUUUUUUUUUAGCGCAACUCAGUAAUACUUAAAAAAAGUAUUAAAAUGAUAUUUUGUAAAUAUGUAUAUUUUUGUAUUGUGGUGUACAUAUUUUUCAAUGAUACACUACAUUAAAUGACUUAUGUUAACAGAUUUUUUCUAACUAUAUACAUAAAAAUAAUGUAAAUACAUUUUAUAUGGUCUGUAAAUAAAAAUAUAUGUCUUAAACAUGUUUAA